GGCUCAACAGCGGGCACCGCGUCAUCUGGCAAGACAGUGGGUACCAAGUCACCAGGCACGACAGUGGGCUCUGAGUCAAUUGGCACGACAGCGGGCACCGGGUCAUCAGGUACCGGAUUGUCUGGCUCGACAGCGGGCAUCGGGUCACCAGGUAUGACAGCGGGCACUGGGUCACCAGGCAUCAGGUCAUUUGGCUUGCCAGCGGGCACCGCGUCAUCUGGCAAGGCAGUGGGCACCGGGUCACCAGGCAUUGGAUCGUCUGGCUCGACAGCGGGCAUCGGGUCACCAGGCAUCAAGUCAUUUGGCUCGCCAGCGGGCACCGCGUCAUCUGGCAAGGCAGUGGGCACCAAAUCACCAGGUACGACAGCGGGCUCUGAGUCAAUUGGCACGACAGCGGGCACCGGAUCAGGUACCGAAUCAUCUGGAUCAACAGCGGGCAUCGAGUCAACUGGC